AUGUAAAAAGUAUAUUUUCCUGGUGAAUUAAUAAAGCAUAAGAAUGAAUUAUAAAGUGGGAUUGGAACCUAUGUGAAAGAUGAUAAAAUAUUUGCAUCAAUGAAGGGAAGUCUAACUAUGAAUGAAUAACUGAUAUCCAUAUUCCCAUCCCAUCAAUAAGAUCCAGAAUUAAAAAUAGGUGCCAUCAUAAUUGGCUAAGUCAACAGCAUUCGAGAAGACAGAGUAUUUGUUAGGAUUUUAAAGAUAAAUGGAGUGAAAGUUAAUAACUACAUAGAAGGUGUAUUGAGAAAAUAAAACAUAAGAUCACAUGAGAUUGACUUGUUGGAAAUGAAUAAAUGCUACUUGCCAGGAGAUAUCAUAAAGGCAAGAAUGAUCUCUUAUGGAGAUUCAUUGAAAUUGUAUCUGAGUACAGCAGAGGAUGAAUUAGGAGUACUUUUUGCUAAACACUAAGAAACACAGAAAUUAAUGAUUCCCUUAUCCUGGGAUGAAAUGCUUUGUGUAGAAAGCGGUUUGAAGGAGAAAAGGAAAGUAGCUAAGCCUAAUUUCAAUUAAUUGGUCUGA